CGUAAAACGUUUGGUACUACCAAACAAUUUUUAUCGGAAUUUGAGCUUGUGGCUCGCCUAAUCCCGGAUUUGUCCAACAAAGAUCGCUGCCUUAUUUUCCUUGAUAACUUCAACGACGUCGAACAGUCGAAAUUGGUUGAAGGGAUGCAAGGGAGGUAUGACUGGACUAAGGUCCGGCAAAAUGCGCUGGUGGGGAAGUUUGACAAUAUCCUCUACCGACUGUUGAGGCAGCAAAAGGAGGAGCGGGAAAAGGUGAAGCUGGGAGAAGUAAAGGACGGUGAAAUUUACAAAACUUUGACCUGCAUGAGAGAGAUGAUGGAAGGCAUGAAGGAGGAAAGGCUGAAGCUUCAAGUCAUGUUGGCCAAAGAGAAAAAUAGUAAGAGGAAGGGGAAAGAGCCGGCGAAAGAAGAAAGCGACAGUGAGAGCGAGGAGGAAAAGGAGCCGCCUAGCAAGUUGACAAAGGCGGAGAGGAAGGUCUUGAAUCAAAUUCGAGGCGGACAGGGGACUUCCCGUAAACAGGGGAAGAACGGUGGACAAAAUAAUCAAGGAGGGAAUGGCAAUGUCGGCCCUGGUUCGUCAGGACAAAGUUCCCAAGAUCAAGGGCAGUUCCAACCGCAGGGUGGAAGAGGCCGCGGUCGAGGCCGUGGGAACGGACAGCGAAGCCGUUGGGCGUGGCAACAGGAAGCCACAUAUAACUAUUGUGCAGAAAAGGGCCAUAUUAUGCGGUUUUGCCAACUCCUUUCAAAAGAUGAGAAGGAAGGGAUAGUCUUCACCACUAUACGUGGUGAAAUCUUUAAUUACGAAGGGAAUUCGAUCGACCCCAACAUUGAAGGGGGUAUGAGGAAGGAGGCGUAUCGCCGAAUGGGUCGCCCGCUGCCAGCGACGUUCCGAAUUGCCUCUCCUGGAGAAGCGCGGUUGGCCGAGGUCGAGGAGGCCAUGACGUCAUUACAUAUUGGCGAUUCGCCGGUGGAACCAGAAGGGUUUAGGGAACAAGUGGUGGAACGAGCGCAAACCAUCACUAGGCGGCUUGCCCGAUGCCGGGACUCUAUCAUCCGACUUUGCGUGGACAUGGAGGAAGUCUGGCCUGGAUUGCCGAAUGUCUUCCUCUUCGGCGAAUGGGGUGAUAAGAGGGAAGAUGCGUCUGGCCAAGCAGGGACGUCUGCUCCGAGAGAAGCAUCGCAAACUGGGCCAAUGGUGAGCACGAUGCGACCUAGGCCUGUGCUGAAGAGGAGUGCUCCGACCGUAGCCGCGCAGACUCGGAUGCGGCGGCGAAACGAGCAACUUCAGAAGGAAAGAGAGUCUGAAAAGGCAGUGGAAAAAGAGCCCAUCCCCAUUAGUGAGAACGAAGAGGAUAACGAGGAUGAGAAGUUGCGGGCCGAAGAGGAAAAACGGGCUCGUCGACGUGCGCUGGAAAGGGAGCCGGAGAAAGGGAAGGUUGAAGCAAGCGAGGGAGAGCCACAAAAGAAGAAGAACAUUUACUCGAUCCCCAUGGAGCAGGGGAUCGAUAUCGAGCGGCUCGUCGAUAAGAUUCUGAAGAGUCAGCACGACUUGGUCACGCUGAAGGAAAUCUUGGCGGUGUCGCCAAAGAUACGAGAGGAGUUUAAACCGUGGAUGACUCGCAAGAGAAAGCUCAGCGAAGUCAUUCCGCCAGAGGCUAACUGGUCCCCGCCUAGGACGAAGAUGGAUUGGCGAGGUGUGUCAACCGGCCAUAUGAAGGUCCAGAUUGGACAGCAGGAGUAUUCGGCACUUGUGGAUGAUGGAGCCGAGAUGAAUAUCAUUUGUGAGUGCCAUGCCAUUGAAGCGGGGUUGAAGAUCAACCGAGAUGACUAUGGGUUUCUGGUGGGCGCUAGCGGAUCGACCCCAUUCUGCGGGACAGCCAGUGGCGUUCUCGUCACGGUCGGAAAGGUCAAAGUCCGCUCUUAUUUCUAUGUGUUACCUAGGGUGGAACACGAGGUGCUUCUGGGAAGGGCGUUCCUAUGUCGGUCGGAAAGCAUCAUCAUUAACAAGCAUGAUGGAACCAUGUUUGUGAUCCUUUGUGAUCCUAUCUGCGGUUACUACGAGGUGGUCAAGUGUGCAAACACUGGACCCUAUUGUUCACGGAACCUGCUGAAUCCGGAAUCGUAUACUUUCCCGGAGUCAGAAAAGUUGAGAAGGGAGAAGGAAUCGGUAGGGGAGGAGCCGAAUGUUCGUGAGUUUUCACUGACCCUGCCUGAUAUUGGGCAGGCAAUCGAUUUCGUGUCGACACAUGUGGCGAUCGAUCCGAAUGUGGUGCAAGCAUUGACGGAGAUUAUCGCGGACACCGGAAGCGCAGGAACUAUGCGCCUUGUUUACUCCCCGUCGGAAGGGAAUAAGGGAGAAGGUCAGGAAUUUCCCUCCACUCGACAGGGUCCCUUUUUAGAGGACGCAGGCUUGACACCGGCGCCAAACAUCAUUGGAAGGGUGUCACAUAUCAUGAACUUGUUGGUUCAUGAGGAUCGCCUGAGGUUAAUGAACGCCGAGGAAGGAAGCAGUGAGGUCAAAGAAGCGUUUAAGGAAAAUGAGUAUGAAGGGGAGUAUAAGAAGAUAGGCAUGUGGUUGAAUGGGGAAUUGGAUGAAAGUGAGGCUGAUCCGGUUGUGCGAGAGAAAAGCAAAGGAUUCGUUGUUCGUGACGGUCAUCUCUUUAAGAAGGCUGCUGAUGGUGUCCCAAAGAGGGUGGUAUGCGGGAUCUCCCGACAGUUGGAUGUGAUUGCUGCUCUGCAUGAUGGGGUAGCCGGCGGACAGAUCUGCGCGGGUAACUCUGAACAAGAUCCAACGUCGUUAUUUCUGGGAAGGGAUGAGCAAGAUGGUGAUUGACUUCUGUAAAUCUUAUUUUCCUUGCGAACAGAGGUCUAACAUCCGCUACCUCGAACCCCUAAAUCCACGAUAUGUGGAAGAGCCAGGCGUGGUGGUGCAUUUGGAUCUCCUGGUAAUGCCGCCUGGGAUAAAUGGGUACAGGUAUA